AUGGGUAAGGGACUCAAGAAGCAUCAGAAGCGCCUUAGCGCCCCAUCGCAUUGGCUCUUGGACAAACUUUCCGGUGCCUACGCUCCGCGCCCAUCUCCAGGUCCUCACAAGCUCAGAGACUGCAUGCCUCUUAUUGUCUUUAUCCGUAACCGACUAAAGUAUGCCCUCAACGCUCGCGAGACCAAGGCAAUCGUCAUGCAACGCCUGAUCAAGGUUGAUGGAAAGGUCCGAACCGACGCAACCUACCCAGCUGGUUUCAUGGAUGUCAUCAGUAUCGAGAAGACUGGCGAGCACUUCCGUCUUGUCUAUGACACCAAGGGCCGCUUCACCGUCCACCGAAUCCAGGCAGAGGAAGCCGAAUACAAGCUCGGAAAGGUUAAGAGAGUUCAGUUGGGCAAAGGCGGAAUCCCAUUCUUGGUCACGCACGAUGCACGAACAAUCCGCUACCCAGACCCAGCCAUCAAGGUCAACGAUACUGUCAAGAUCGAUUUGGCUACCGGCAAGAUCACUGAGUUCAUCAAGUUCGAUACUGGUGUCAUCGCUAUGGCUACCGGUGGUCGCAACAUGGGCCGUGUUGGUGUCAUCACUCACCGCGAGCGUCACGAUGGUGGAUUCAACAUUGUCCACAUCAAGGAUGCUAUAGACAACUCCUUCGCCACCCGUGAGAACAACGUCUUCGUUAUCGGAACCGAGAAGCCAUGGAUCUCUCUGCCUAAAGGCAAGGGUGUCAAGCUUUCUAUCGCUGAGGAGAGAGACCGUAGACGUGCGCACGCCAUUGCCGGAAACUAA